UUAUAGCCAUGAAUAUACGUAAGAAAUGAAAAUUAAAAAAUUGCAUUUGAAUCUGGACCUGCUUAGAUAAUACUUUCUUCAUUAUCACUAGCUGGAAGAAAAGAUUAUGUUUAUGAUAUAUUUGAUGUUAGUUCCUCUACAAAAUCAGGUUCUGAACAUAAAUUCUGAAAGUUGACAGUUCUUUUUGCUGCUCUAAUUUGAAUUCCCCAAGCAAACUUCUAAUUUCUAAAUGUCGCAAUCUCUACGUAAUUGUUCAAAUAUGACAACUAGAUUCCUGUUGAAAUCAUCCGGAUUUUUUUGGAAAGACAGCUCCAGAUCAGUAACAUAAUGUUACAAUUACGCAAGCAACGUUUCUUUCAGUUGCUGACGACUGCUUGCAUUAUCCUUUCCAUCUGGAAAAUGGUAGCCUGUCAGAGGAGAACUAAAAGGACAGCUAUUAUACCAGGUGAUAUCAUGAUCGGUGCUCUCUUUUCCGUACAUCAUGCUCCAGGGCAAAAACAAGCACAAUCACGCACAUGCGGUGAUAUUAGAGAGCAGUAUGGCCUUCAAAGGGUCGAAGCUUCAUUUCAAACAGUGGAUGAAAUAAAUAGGAACGAAACAUUACUACCAAACAUCACAUUAGGUAUAGAAAUUAGAGAUUCUUGCUGGUACUCACCAAUUGCUCUGGAUCAAAGCAUUGAAUUCAUUCGUGAUGCUAUCAAACUGAAUGACGACGUUAUUGCUGAAGCCAAUGCAUCCAGCGUGCCAGUGGAAAAUGUACCAGAAUGUCUAGUUAAACCAGCAAAAUCCCUGAAGAACUUGGUUGGUGUCAUCGGACCUGGAUCCAGUACUGUCACUAUCCAAGUACAAAAUCUUCUGCAGUUAUUCAACAUUCCUCAAAUUGGUUAUUCUGCUACGAGUCGAGAUCUCAGUGAUAAAAGUUUCUAUAAAUAUUUUCUGCGGGUCGUUCCAUCUGACUUCUACCAAGCGCAAGUGAUGGUUGAUUUAGUACGGACAUACAACUGGACUUAUGUUUCAACUGUGCACACAGAUGGAAACUAUGGUGGCAGCGGUAUGGACGCCUUUGUGAAGUUGGCUCAUGAAGCAGGAAUCUGCAUAGCGGCAAGUGAUUCCAUCCUGAGCCACGCGGAGGACUACUAUUUCGACCAGAUCAUUCGUAAUCUUCAGAAGUACCCCAAUGCAAAAGUAGUGGUGUGCUUCUGUGAGGGUAUGACUGUUAGAGGGCUUCUUAAGGCAAUGAGGAGGCUAAAUGCCACAGGAGAGUUUCUUCUCAUAGGCAGCGAUGGUUGGUCUGACCGGAACGACGUUACGGAAGAAUACGAAAAAGAAGCGCUGGGUGGGAUCUCCAUUCGAAUUCACUCCACGUAUGACCACAGCUUCGACCCAUAUUAUUUUUCUCUUAAGCCUCACAACAAUUCCCGAAAUCCCUGGUUCAGGGAAUUUUGGGAAUACAGGUUCAACUGCUCCCUAGAGAACGGUUCUGGAAAGUACAACAAGAGCUGUUCCGGUAAUGAAAAUUUACGGGAACGAUACAAGCAAGAUACGAAAAUGUCGUUUGUGAAGAAGGCCAUCUACACCAUGGCGUAUGGUUUGCAUGAUAUGCAAAAAGCAAAGUGCAACGAUUCCUCUGUGGGUCUUUGUCCUGAAAUGCUACCUCUUAACGGGUCUCUUUUCCUUCAGUACCUCCUUAAUGUUAGUUUCGUUUGGGGAAAUGAGACAGUUAAGUUCGACCAAAAUGGAGAUCCUCCAGGGAGGUACGAUAUAAUGAACUUUCAGUACAUUCAUGAGAAUAAUUCUUAUGACUACAAGCAUGUUGGUUCUUGGGACAGUGGACGAUUAGACAUUUUCCAGCCUUUCCGUUGGAAUCCUCAGCACAUCACCAAUGGAUUGCCAGAGUCUGUUUGUAGCAAACCUUGCGAAAAAGGAAAGGUUAAGAGUAUUCAGUCUGAAAGCGUUAAAUGCUGUUGGGUUUGUGUAGCUUGCAAAGAAAACCAGUUCCUAAAAGAUGAAUUCACCUGCAAAGAUUGCGAGCUGGGAUGGUGGCCAAAUGACAACUUAACAGACUGUGACAGAAUCCCCGUUGACUACAUUCAAUGGACUGAUAGCACAGCUAUAGUUGCAGUUACGAUUGCUGUUAUGGGUAUGAUUGCGACUUUCUUCACGAUGGUUGUGUUCAUUCGCCACAAUAAUACGCCGGUUGUCAAAGCCUCGACAAGGGAAUUAUCCUAUGUUAUUCUUGUUGGCAUGUACCUCUGCCAUGGGUGCACAUUUCCUUUACUAGCUAAACCUACGCAAACAUCUUGCUUUUUUACCAGAGUGAUGCCAGCAUUUAGCUUCGCAAUGAUGUAUGCUUCUUUAGUCACGAAAACGAACAGAAUAGCCCGUAUACUUGCGGGUAGCAAGAAGAAGAUAAUCACGAAGAAACCUCGUUUCAUGAGUGGAACUGCACAAGUUGUGAUCACGUGGCUGUUGAUUUCAGUCGAAUCAUGCAUCAUUGCUGUCAUGCUGGUUCUUGAACCAGCCAAUUCCAUGUAUUCUUAUCCUUCGUUGGACAAAGUGAAUUUGAUUUGUAACACUACACCUUUGGGCAUUAUAGCUCCUCUAGGUUUCGACUUCUUCCUGAUAGCCAUGUGCACUGUUUAUGCUGUGAAAACGCGUAAUGUACCGGAGAACUUCAACGAGGCAAAAUUUAUCGGCUUUACCAUGUACACGACUCUUGUGAUAUGGAUUGCCUUUGUACCUAUAUACUUUGGCAGCAAUUCGAAGGUGAUAACUAUGUGUUUGUGCAUCAGUUUCAGUGCUAUCGUAGCUCUGGUUCUUCUGUUCUUUCCAAAGAUUUAUAUCAUACUUUUUCGGCCUGACAAAAAUAAUAGGAGUGCUUUCACAACAACCAAAGAUGUCCGAUGCCAUAUAGGUAGAGGUUAUCCUACUUCUGCUGCAGCUAUUUCCAGAAAUUCCUCACAUUCCACUUCAGAAUUUAGUCUCGAAUCCCCAAGAAACCUGUCACUGGACAUUGUUCAGAAGAAUCAAAAAAGUGAACCAGCGAGCAAUCGACGUCACAGCAUGAAUCUCUUCGUUCGCUUGCGCAUUAGUAAGCAGGAUAAAAUAGCUGCCAAUGUCGCUCAGCAUAUUAGGGCUGUUCGCGCCGCUGAAGCUUUGGAUAGAAGGACGCGUCUCAGGCGUACCGAUUCCUUCAAUUUCUCUGGUUUGGGAUCUACUAUCUUACCUGUGCAGCGAAGUACCUCAAGCGGUGAUGAGUCGCCAGGUGUAGCACAUGAUAAGAAAAGGCUUGUUGGGAUGAUAAAGCAGGCCUAUACCGAAGAAGUUAUUCCACACAGAGAGGAUGUGGCAUGCCAAACGUCUUACGACUUGCUUGAGGCACUUCUGCCAUCACUACGAAAGCGAAUAAUGCGCUCUGAGACCGUUAUGUCCACCCUGGCACCAGAUGAAGAAGAAAUGAAACAUGCCGUGGCGCCAUGCAAGCUCGAUAGUUGCCAUCAUAAACACCCUUUCUUUGGUGAUAGCUGCCGCCACUAUUCUAUAUGCGGUUCCAAUCAUGCAUCGAUAAAUAUGGCUUACGAUACCACGAGUCCAAUGAUCAGAGGUCAUACUAAACCGAAUUCUAAAUCCCGCUAUCGUUCUGACCGAGUUGAAAUUGAAUACAAAAUGCCUGAGGAAAAUGAGCUGCAAGAUUAUGAAGUGGAAGAAGUUUUAUCAUUGAAAGAAAUGAAACGUUCUAAAGCACUUCAGUUGUUAAAUAAAAAAGCACAUUAUAAUAAAUUACAAGCUGUUCUCGCCUCAAGUGGGGAAGCCUCUACUUUACCUAUUCCUCAAGAAGGGGUGUCAGAAGCAAGUUUUUCACCUACAGUGAGUCAGGAUAGUUUGAUAGAUGCAACAUCAUCCAUCAUUGAGGAAAGUGCUAGUACUGGCAGCGAUGAGACACCAGGCAGCGCCGUCUACAAAAACAUAAUAAUAAAUCUAGGAGGAAAUCAAGACAGAUGUUCAAGGGGAUUUCUCAGUGCAUCUCAAAGUUCUACAACAUCGGCUGCCAAUUUAAAUCUUCUACCAACAAUUAGCGAUAGCAGAACUUCGCAAUCUCAAGAAAAUAUUAGCGAGAAUGAUAAAAGGGCUUCUCCUGAUGUUAUAAAAUGGCAGUCACCUAACGGAAACACAGAAGGUGUUGUACCCAAAGCACAGGUUUCAGAAGACAGUUGAAAUUAACAUAAUACUAAAAAAGCGCUUAAAUAAAACUUUCUGUUGUUUUCUUUUA